GUUCUAACCUUUUCAGACUUUUUUAAGUAUCAAGGUGUAGCAGAAACCUCGACUGUGCUUCUAUUUUUUUCAAUUAUCAUGAUCACUUUUUGUGUAUGAGAGAUAAGAUUGUUAUGUUUAGCUGAGUUAGCAUAACCCCCUGUCAUUAGUUAUGAUGUAAUAUAAUGAGCGUAUGGUGCUAUGUUGGGUUGUUAAGCUAGAUUGUUGAAGUAUUAUAGAAGAGCAGCUAUUCCAACUGUGUGCUCAAGAGGGCGCCGUUGUCCAUAGAAUUGUACCGUAGUUCUUUGAUAAGGGACUGAAUAGAGUAUAAAGGAUAAGUAGAAACAGCGGAGUCGCUUAUAAAACUGUUACUGUUACCCGUACUUCAUGUUUUACCAAGCUAACUUUAGAUACUAACAGGUUAGCAGGCUAAGAGCGGUCAAAUAUGCACCAGAAUACAUUUACUGUGACAUGUGGUGGUGAUAAUACACAUUUAUUCACAAUUGGUAUUAAGUGAAAUCUGAAGAAAGAGUUUCCACACAUGAGUUUUGUUUGUGUUGUGGAGUCAUGGAGACGUUGUUGGUGGAUACAAGCAACAGCUGACAGUGGAGGGGAAGAAAAGAUGGACGGCCAGGACCAAAAUUCAAAUCAGCUUCAGGAACGAGUUCAAGCUCUGACAGGAGAAAAUUUGCAGUGGCGUGGCAAAUACCAGCGUGUCCUCACCAAAGUGGGCUACCUGGAGACCAGACUGAGCCACCUGGCCAGCUCCAACACAGACCUGUCCUGCAGGCUGGUCCAGAGUGAAGAGGAAAGACUGAAGAUCUAUAAGGAGCUUGUAGAGGAGAAAAUUAAGGCUAAUAAGAUAAGAGAACAGUAUGAAGAAGAGACAUUUGAGCUGAAAACCAAGGUACUUAACCAAGAAGGUGUGAUAACAGAGCUGGAAAUAGAGCGAGACAGGUUGCUCAGGGAACUGCAGUCCACUGAGACAUGGCUGAAAGGGAAAGAGACUAGUGGCCAGGACUUGACUGAGGAAUAUGCCACACUAAAGAAGAACUACCAGAUUCUGGCUGAGGUCCACGAUAAAGAAUUAGCCAAGAGUGGAGCGCUCACAGCAGAGCUGCUGGUGCUGGCCCAGGCCCAGGACGCCCUCCGCAGGCAGCUGGAGGAGCAGCAUCAAUGUGUGAAGACCAGCACCGAAGGUCUUCAUGGGGAGCUAGACAGGGUGCGGGCUUUGAUCACCCGCAUGUCACAUGACACAGUCAAGCCUGAGGAACAAGCAGAGAUGGAGAAGGAGCAAAAAAGCAUGCAGAAAACUCUGCUUGAAAACCAAGAUGAGAUCAAAGACAAGCUGGAGGAAAUGAAGAGCAGCUACAAGGAGCAGCAGAAGAAACUGGAGGAGAAAGUGGUGGCGAUGGGUAAAGAGCACCAGCAGAUCCACAGAGCAAUGCACGUUAGCCAGCAGAAAGUCUCUGAGCAGAGUGCGGCCCUGAUGUGCUCUCAGAGACAAUUAAAGGAGGCAGAGGAGGAGAACUCCAAGCUGCAGCUGCAGGUGAAAGAGCUGAUUGAGGAAUAUCGCACAAGGCUCGUGUGCUACUUACAGGACAUAGCUGACUACAUCGAUGGGCUUGAAGAAAGUAAAAGGCCGUCAGAGCCGAGUAAGAUGAGAGGAUUCAUCGACAGCAUGCUGCAGGAUGUUCGUUUAUCCUACAGGGUGAGGGAGGAGCAGCUCGCCACUGCUGCUCGCUCGUAUAAGAAGAGACUACAGAGGAUCACCCAAACUCAUCAUGCCCUCCUGAUUGCAUACAGGCUUCAGAGGGAGCAGAUCUUGGCCAAACCAGAGAAUGGUCUUGAUCCCGGACCUCCAGAAGCCCACUUCAACUUGGAGCCAACUGAACUGAAAGAUGCAAUGGAGAAGGAGCUCCAACAACUGCACCAGGACAAAGCAAGGCUGGAAGGUCAGCUGCAGGCGGCUUGGGAGCAGGUGGCUACGUUCAAAAUACCCAUGCAAAAUAUAAACCGUCAGCAGCUGGACAAACCGGAGCAGCGAUUCGAAGAAUCCUGUGGUGACAUAAGAAAACAGCUGAAGGAGCCCACUGACUCCACGCCGGUGUCCUUUGAGAAGGAGCGUGCCCUUCUCAUGACCAGAGCGACAGUUGCAGAGGUUCAGGUGCUGGAGUUGCAGGACUAUAUUGAAAAGCACCUGAGCAGGUAUGAACAAGAGAUCGCACAUCUGCGCGGAUUACACGGGACAGUAGAGGAGGCGGGGCGUUCCCAAAGCGCCAAAUCAGCUCAAUGCUAAGGAAACAAGUAAUAAAAU